CAUAUCAAUUCGGAAAAAAUCUAAAACUAACACUGAGAAAAUAUCGAUUCGAAAGAGAUUUUCUUGCAUUCCUCUCGGAUCGGAAAUGAACUGUCUUCAGAUUCUUCCAAGAUCCUCUGCGUUGCCCUUGCAAAGCUUCAAAUGCUAUCAGAGGACGCCAUCCUGCUCUGUCGGUACACUGGGAGUGCCGAGUAGUGCUGGUCCACAACGAAGUAUGGCGGUGAAGGUAACUUCAGAAACCGUAGCUUCGGGAUAUAUUUUCUGGGUUUUGGUUUUGACCCACAGUGAAAACAUAUCAAUUCGGAAAAAAUCUAAAACUAACACUGAGAAAAUAUCGAUUCGAAAGAGAUUUUCUUGCAUUCCUCUCGGAUCGGAAAUGAACUGUCUUCAGAUUCUUCCAAGAUCCUCUGCGUUGCCCUUGCAAAGCUUCAAAUGCUAUCAGAGGACGCCAUCCUGCUCUGUCGGUACACUGGGAGUGCCGAGUAGUGCUGGUCCACAACGAAGUAUGGCGGUGAAGGCUAUUUCCGGUCAGGCAAGUGGUGCCAAUGUAAAGGAGGAAAAAUCGGAGACAUAUAGUAAUGACAUGACAGAAGCUAUGGGUGCUGUCUUGACCUAUAGGCAUGAACUUGGAAUGAACUACACCUUCAUUCGUCCGGACUUGAUUGUGGGAUCAUGCCUACAGACUCCUGAAGAUGUUGACAAGCUUCGUAGUAUUGGAGUGAAAACCAUAUUUUGCUUGCAGCAAGACCCGGACUUGGAAUAUUUUGGCGUUGACAUCAAUGCCAUACGAGAGUAUGCUAAGACACAUGAUGACAUUCAACACUUACGGGCGGAGAUAAGGGACUUCGAUGCAUUUGAUUUACGGUUACGGCUUCCAGCUGUUGUUAGCGAAUUAUACAAGGCAGUAAAUCGAAAUGGAGGUGUGACAUAUAUACAUUGCACUGCUGGAAUGGGAAGAGCUCCUGCAGUUGCGUUGGCAUACAUGUUCUGGGUUCAGGGCUAUCAUCUAAGUCAAGCUAACAAAUUGCUGCUGAGCAAGCGCACAUGCUUCCCAAAACUGGAUGCCAUAAAAAGUGCAACCGCUGAUACUCUUACAGGCCUCAGGAAGAAGUUUGUCACUUUGACUUGGAAAGAUUGUAAUUGCUCAACGGUGGAAAUUUCAGGACUUAAUAUUGGAUGGGGUCAGAAAAUACCUUUAGAAUUUGACGAGGAGCAGGGUUUGUGGAUUCUCAACACGGAACUGCUAGAAGGACGCUACGAGUACAAGUAUGUUGUUGACGGUGAAUGGACGUGCAAUAAGGACGAGCCUUUAACCAUUGUCAACAAAGAUGGCCAUAUCAACAAUUACGUUCAAGUUGUUGAUGAUGAUGCAGAUAGUCUUAGGGCAAACCUGUGGAAGAGGUUGACUAGUGAGGAUCCUCAUCUCACAAAGGAUGAGCGGCUGAAGAUUAGACAGUUUCUUGAAGCUUUUCCUGAUGAAGAGCAGUAAAUAGCUAAGGGAAUUUCAAGCUGCCAUCAUGUGUAAUAUAUAGAUGUAAAAAAAAUGUUAACCAAAUAAUCGCAUGUACUGAUGUACUCCAUCGUCUCAAAAUAAAUAGAAGUAACAAAAAAAAGGACGAUUUUAAUAAAAUAAAACCAAUGACAUUAUGCUUAUUUUUCA